GAGCGUCGACGGGUGUUCGAGGCAGAUCAUCGUCAGACAUGUUCGGAAAGAUCAUCCUAGCACUCUCGGCUCUGGCCUGGGCCAGUGCCCAGAUUCCCAAUCUGGGCUUCUGCCCAGAAUAUAUACCCAUGGCGAACUUUAAUAGGCAAAGGUUCUUGGGCGUUUGGUACGAGGCCGAGAGAUACUUCCAACUUAGUGAAGUGGUAUCUCGAUGCGUUAUGACGAAUUAUACCAGAGGUAUCGAUGGCAAAUACCGCGUGAGCAAUCAAGUUACGAAUCGUUUCACCGGCGUAAAGAGGAUACUGGAGGGUGAAAUUAAGCCUGCAGCUUCCAAGGCCGAGGAGGGUAAACUUCACGUCAAGUAUACCACAGUUCCACUGACUCCCGAGACUAAGUACUCGGUACUCGAAACCGAUUACGAUUCGUACGCCGUUUUAUGGAGUUGUCAAGGUAUUGGCCCGGUCCACGCACAAAAUGCAUGGGUCAUGACGAGAGAACGGAUUCCGUCCGGAAAAGUGCUUCAAAAGGCUUAUGGCGUUCUCGAUAAGUACAAGAUAUCGAAGACGUUCUUCGUGAAAACCGAUCAGGCGGAAUGCGCCUAUUUCGACUCGACGGAGGAGUCGACGGAGGAGUCCGAGGAGACGAAGAAGCCGGAGGAGGCGAAGAAGCCCGCCACGGAGAAGCGAAAACGGAAACCGCAGCCAGCCGAGAAUGAGGGUUUGAGAGCAGCCAUCGAUCUGAGUGAUGCCGAGAUAAAGGAGAAGGAGGUAGCAGAAGCCGGGAUUACGGGUGAGAAAGCGCCCUCCGAUAUCCCGAAGAUAAUAGCGGAGGAACCCGCGAAGCUCGAGCAGCCCAUCGAAACAGUUCCCGAACGGAUCUUGAAGAUAGCAGAGGCGAUAAAGGAGGAGACCGGCGACACGAGGGAUAAAAUGAUCAUUGUCGAGGUCAAGGAGGAGAACGUCGCGGAAAAUCCGAAGGAGGAGAAAAGCGAGCUUUCGAAGGAGACGGAAACAAUUGCUUAGAAGUAUUAUUUAGCUAAAAUAAAAAAAUAAAAAAAAAAUAAAAAGUCUGUUAGUUGGCGCUAGCAGGGUCGUAUUCCCGGGGAUUUUCGAUGUCUUAGGCUCGUAGCGGUUUCCUCUAAUUGAGAACCAGUCUCGCUUAAGUACCGCAAAAUCAUUAAUCACUGUUCCAUCGGCACGUCGUCGUCGUCGUCGUCGUCGUCGUUGUCGCUGUCGCUUGAGAACAUAGGGUUGGCACGGCGCUUUGUUUUAUAGGCUUACGUACAAAUGUAAAAAAAAAAGAAAAAGAAACAAAGAUAAAUAAAGAUAAAUAAAAUUGUUAUAAAAAA